CGGGGCGGGACUCGCGGGCCUUGCGAGGGAACAAAGACCAGCGGACUCAUCGAUACACGAAACAAGAAAUACUAGUUUUGACCUGUAUGGUAGCAGCCUGAUCUGCUCCAGUCCAGUCCUGCAACAUGUCAAAACGCCCGUCCUACGCCCCUCCUCCACCCCCCGCCCCAACAACGCAAAUGCCUUCCACCCCAGGGUUUGUGGGCUACAACCCUUACAGCCAUCUGGCCUACAACAACCUCCGCCUGGGAGGGAGCUCCGGAGGCUCCAGCAGGAACUCCACGGGCAUCACCGUCCCGAAGCCUCCCAAACCUCCAGACAAGCCCCUGAUGCCGUACAUGCGGUACAGCCGGAAGGUAAGCAGGAAGGUGUGGGACCAGGUGAAAGCUUCCAACCCGGACCUGAAGCUGUGGGAGAUCGGGAAGAUCAUCGGAGGGAUGUGGAGGGACCUGACGGACGAGGAGAAGCAGGACUACCUGAACGAGUACGAGGCUGAGAAGAUCGAGUACAACGACUCUCUGAAGGCCUACCACAACUCCCCGGCGUACCUGGCCUACGUCAACGCCAAGAACCGGGCGGAGGCAGCGAUGGAGGAGGAGAGCAGGCAGAGGCAGAGCCGUAUGGACAAGGGAGAACCGUACAUGAGCAUUCAGCCUGCUGAAGACCCCGACGACUAUGACGAUGGUUUCUCGGUGAAGCAUACAGCAGCCGCUCGCUUCCAGAGGAACCACCGACUCAUCAGCGACAUUCUCAGUGAGAUAGUUGUGCCUGACGUGCGCUCUGUGGUCACCACGGCGCGCAUGCAGGUGCUCAAGAGGCAGGUCCAGAGUCUCAUGGUGCACCAGAGGAAACUGGAAGCAGAACUUCUACAAAUUGAGGACCGUCACCAAGAAAAGAAAAGACGGUUCCUGGAGACCACGGACUCGUUCAACAGUGAACUGAAACGGCUGUGCAGUCAGAAGGUGGAGGUGGACAUGGAGAAGCUGGCAGCAGAAAUGGCCGCCGCCGAAGAGGCGGCGCGGCGGCGGGCGGAGGAGAGAGAGCGGGAAGUGGCCGAGCAAGCUGAGAAAGCUGCACAACAAGAGGCUUCUGGAAACAACGGAGCCGAGCCGAGCAGCGCUAACGCCAACGCUAACGCCAACGCCAGCAGCCCGGCUAGCAACCCCUCAGGGACCAAAGAGGAGGACAAGCCCAGUCCCAUGGAGACAGAUGAAGCAGCCCCUGCAGAGCCCCCCUCAGACCCUCAGACUGCUCCACCUCUCCCACCCGACGGAUCUCCCUCUGCUGGUAAAGCCAGCCCUCCCCCCGAGCCCCCCAGGGAGACCAGCACCCCCAGCAGCAGCAUCGCCCCCAGCGACGACAGCAACAGCAUGCCCCCCCCACCAGAGGGCACCCCGGGGGCCCCGGCGGGCCAGGAAUCCAACUCCAGCGCCGCCAGCCCCGCGGUGGCAGCAGCAGCUCCCACUGCCCCGGAGGAAUCUCCCCCUAAACCCCCGCUGCUCCCCCCCAGCCAGAGCAGCCAGAGCAGCCAGAGCAGCCAGGGCAGCCAGGGCAGCCAGGGCAGCCAGAGCAGCCAGCAGUACGACCUGUAGUAGUUAGACGUAGAGAUCCAGACCCCCCAGUCCCCCCAGACACAAGGAUGGAGUGGCCAGUGGCUGCUCUUCAUGCACCGCUUCACAGACUCCAGGUAACACCCAGAGUUCAGACCAAAACGCUCGAGCACACAUUGGCACACUGUUCAGUCUUGCUGUCUCCACAUCCGGUUGGAUAUUUCUGAAAACCUCGACAAACUCAAAGGUUCCUGUUGGUUUGAUUUGUUUUUUUUUUUAAAUACAAAAGCAGUCACCUGUCUCCUCUCUGUAAAACCUCUCACGUUCUCUAAGUCUGCGUGAGCUACAAAACUACUACUGUCUGUGUUUUAGGAACGCUAGCGUCUCUUUUUAGGUGAUUUCUAAUGCAAUUCAGCCUCUUCUUUGGAAUGAGAUGAUGUUUCCUACUUGUCUCUUGGACAUUAACUCCUGAAAGUGAUGGUUCCAGGUCUGAUUUCAGGUUAAAAACAAAGCCAGAAUUUUAUCUACCUGUAAUUCUACAUGUUCAAUCAACUCCUGCAACAAUCGAAGCAUUUAUGUUUUACAGAGCUGCAGCUCAGGAAAUCACAUUUAAAUGAACGUGCCAGAGAAAAUACAUUUAGUUCACAUGAAAUAGAAAAACAUGCUAAUUUCUGUGGUGCUAUUUGAGAUUAGUGGAUAAUGAAAUGACUUGGUAUUUGGUGAAAUAGAUCAGACAUGUUUGUGAAGAAGGAAGUGACGGGUCCAGCCGUCACGCAGGUCAGAGUUCAUCACCACUUUGUUUCCCACUGUUUUCAUUUACUUGUGAUAUCACAAGCAUUUAGUUCCAGAGAAAUGCACAGGCUGCUUUAAUCCAAAGGUAACCUCACUAACAUCUUUAAAUAACUGUUUUCUUACUUGAAGUGAACUUUUAGUAAUAGGCCUCUGAUUUUACAUGUUAGUUUUUUGUUUUUUUUUGUACUGUCUGAUCCUAACUAUCCAAAUAAAAAAUUUCUGACCUUG